CUCGGGACACCGGGAUUCGCCGUUGUCACGAACCUCUCCAUCGGCAAAAGUCCUUGUGCCAUCGGCUUCUUCCGUCUCACACUUGCACAACUCGGUGGUUGGCUGGACAAUUCCAUGCGGCUGCCCUCCGUCUGGUCCCUAUUCGCUCCCUGGUACUUGACAUUCUGCACCACUGAAACUCGGUUCCCCCUUCCCCCUCUUGUGCCUCAUGCGCCUGCCGGCCCCAGCCGCUCCCGCCUUCAAUGUUGCCACUCCGGCGUAUCGCCACGGAGCGGUCUGGACCUGGCCCUGCAGGGUGGCAGGUCGGUCGCUGUAAUCAUAAUCAUCUUGAGUUCGCUCCGUUGCUGCCUGCCCAACACCUCGAUAUUACUCUGCUGCGAUGCGCAGCCCUCAUAUUGUUUGCCGCGAUCGUUGCCACAUGUUUAUUGAAGGUUGCUUUGGGUCUUUGCUCGUGCUUCAAUCGCUUAACCAUAUUCGAGAACGUGUUCCAGUCGCAAUGCAUUGUGGGCGAAGAUGGUAGUGGCCUAGCUCGCUUAGAGCCUGCUCCGAGCAGACAUACGUGCCACGAGUCGGCGACACUGUGUCGUUACCAGGCACCAAUCACUACCGCGAAGUACUCCAAGUGCGAACCUGCUGCUGCACGCUGCAUUGUUGCGGCUGUCGUGACGGAGCAGGGCACCCCACGUGCCCGCAUAUUCGUACUCGGUGGCCUUGAUCAUGCUUCCUCGAUCGGGGGUUUGGUAGAAGCAUCGUGAUGAUUGCCGUCAGUCCCAGACGAUGGAGGGUUGCUCACGUCGCUGGGUGGCACCCGGCGCUGGCGUUCUGUCGAAC